UUUCUGUUAUUUCUGAAAUUACAGAUUGCGCCACGAGUAGGAGGAUCCUGUUAAUGGAAAUAUUCAAGUAACAAGAUGUUAUUAACUAUACACAACCUGCCGAGUUCUACCCGUUACGCGGAUGUAAAAAGCUUACUGAAGGAUAAAUGCGGUCUGACGGAAGUUAUUGUAGACAAUUUGGUGAAUGAAGGUAAAAGCAAGAAAGUCACCGUGGGACUGGCGACUGAAGAUGAUGGCGCGUUUGUGGUCAGAAAACUCAACGGGUUGUUUAUCAAUGGGCAGCAGCUGUACAUUGAGGACAAGAGGCGACCCACGGCUGAUCAGCCGUACCGCCCAGGCGGCCUCGACCCUGUUCAGCCUGAAAUCAUCAUGCAACCUGUAAUGGCACCUGUUGUUCCGGCAUGGAACCAGACUGUAUCCGUGCCGUAUAUGCAGCCAAUGCCUAUUGAUCAAACCUUAGCUUAUACGGGCUAUGUCGGCGUUCCUCAGGCGAUGCAUUAUACGGAACCCAACCCAGUUUCUGCUCAAGUUCCUGGGUACUCAGGGUACCAGGCUGAAGCGUACGCUCCUAAUAACGAGCCUAGAAACCAGGAGCCUCGUGAUUGGGGUAGGGACUCCAGGGAGCAACCUCCCGAAACGUUCCGAAACAAGGACAGGAAACGUCGUUAUUCUCCCGAAAGACCAGUGGCGGGUAGUAAAAGGCCGUCUAGACUUGACAACUUUAACAAGUCGAAGAAUCGUCGAGAAACUUCUCCACCUCGUAAACAAUGGGCGGACGAGAAUCGCGUUUUUCAAGACCAGUUCUCUCGUCAGAACCAAAACGUUGAACCCCAAUAUCAACCUAGAGAGCCCAAUCCUGACUACCGACAAUCAGAUCCAACGUGGAAACAACAGUCACGCUGGGACGAGCCCAAACCUCGCGCCGAACGCGAUCAACAGUGGGGCAACGACAAUCGGGGCUGGGAACCACAACCCGAUAAAGCGUGGGAUGAUCAACCUCAACGGCGUGAAGAACCCAGGCAAUGGGACAACCAACCGAAACCGCAAUGGGAUAGCCCACCGAAACCGCAAUGGGAUAGCCCACCGAAACCGCAAUGGGAUAACCGAGCCAAACCGAAACGGGAUAACCAACCCAAACUGCAACGGGAUAACCAACCCAAACCGCAUUGGGAUAACCAACCCAAACCGCAAUGGGAUAGCCCGCAGAAACCGCAUUGGGAUAACCAACCGAAACCUCAAUGGGAUAGCCCACAGAAACCCCAUUGGGAGGAACAACCGAAACCCCAAUGGGACAACCAAACUAAGCCGCAAUGGGAUGACCAACCGAAACCGCAAUGGGAAGAUCGAGUACCCGUGGAAAACAUUCGGUCAGAAUGGUACGAUCACCUAGCGUCUAGCGAUGCACCGCGUGGAAAUGACCAAGAGUUUCAACCGCGGGACCAUGGUCGCUACAGGGACUCCCGGCCCCGAAAUCAAAACUUUGACGAACCAAUCGGCGAUCCCGUUUGGAACAGAGAGCCCGAGAAUUCCUUUAGUUCUUCAGGUAGGCAAUCAGGACCUGCAGAAGAAUCGCGAAGGAACCGGCCAAGAUCCAAAAACGGACGCCAAGGGAGUGAUUGGCGUGACGAUAGGCCGGUCGCACCCCGAGACCGCUCGGGCGGCCGCCAGAAACCCGACUACGGGAAACCGAAGGAAUAUCCUUCUAGGGAGUUCAAACGGCAGGCGAGACCCGAACAUGGCCCGCCUAAGGCCGCACCGAGACACGAGACACCUAGACACGAAAGAAACGAAGCGUACAGCGCUAAUACGAAUAAGAAUAAUUUUGUAAAACCGAAGAAAACGUAUCCGCCCGUGUCCGAGCGACCGGUUAAUAAGCCUGGUCAACACCAGGUACCUCAACAGGUGCGUUUAGACAAAAACAAGCCUCAAACUCUUCGCUCAAUGAUAAAUAAGGAUAAAGCAAAUCGUCUCCAGGCCACUGCUCUGAUCGCCAAAAAAACCAUGGGUGUAGACAUCGAGAAACCUUACAUUCCUAAAGGGGCUCUUGAUUCCUUUAUUUUCAAACAAUUGAAAGCGUGCAUUAAAUCGCGUGUCGACGUAAUAUUCGGCGAGGAAAUGAGUGUGCAUAUGGCUGAUGUUAUUCAGCGCUAUAGGGCGAUGUUUCCUUUUAAAGACGAUAAGACGUUAAUGGUGCAGAUUCGCGAGAAAAGCACGAGGGAAUAUGAGGCGUUACCGCCAAAGGAGAAAGAUGCAGGUUAGUAAAUCAUCUUUAUU